AUGGGAACAGAAGAGGAAUACCCGGUGCGGUCGUCUCAGGACGAACAUUUUGAGAACACCUACUACAGCGAUUUCAUCAACAACCUGGAAAAGGUCAAGUACGCAGGCCAGUCCCUGAACAUAUCCACCCUCAACGUGCGUUCCAUGCUACCUGAGAACCUGAACCAUUUCUUCAGGUACCAGGGCUCUCUCACCACCCCUCCCUGUUACGAGAGCAUCCUGUGGACCGUGUUUGACACACCCAUCACCCUCUCUCACAACCAGAUCAGGAAGUUGGAAAGCACUCUGAUGGACAUGGAGAAUAGGACCCUGUGGAAUGAUUACCGCAUGGCCCAACCUCUCAACGACCGCGUGGUCGAGUCCUCCUUCCUGCCUGGCCUGAGGAAAGGAACUUUCUGUCGCCAUGAUGAAAUCGAAUCAAAGCUCCUGAAGAUUGAGGGUCUGAUAACUUCUCUUGGAAAACACAUACGUUCAAGUGCAAUUGGGGAUGCAAGGCCUUCCGAACAUGAGCCCAGAGUGAUGUCUCCCCUGGUGCUCCACUUCCCAGAGAGCAACACAGAGAGCUAUGCCCGGGCCCACCUGGCUCACUCCAUGGACCUGCACUCCUUCACCGCCUGCAUGCACCUGAGGACACGCCCUGGAGAGAUACAAACUGUCCUGUCAUACUCCAGCCAGGGCAACGAUAACGAACUGAUGAUCACCGUGGGAUAUGAGGUGGGUCUGUGGAUCGGCAACGAGUUUGUCAACCUGCCCCACAACUUCCACUCCCGUGACUGGGUCAACUACUGUGUCACCUGGUCGUCCCACUCCGGGGGUGCUGAGCUGUGGAUCAACGGGGUGGUGGGGGAGGAACAGUACCUCCGGAGGAGAUACACAGUCAGCCCAACAGGGGUCUUCAUCCUGGGGAAGGACCAGGACGGCUUCCUGGGGAUCUCUGACACGGACGCCUUCGUGGGUCAGAUAACGGAUGUCAACGUGUGGGACUAUGUUUUGAACUCGGCUGAGAUCCGGGAACAGAUGUCCUGUGAGGACACCACCUCUCCCAGGGGGAACGUGUUUAGCUGGGGGGUCACACCUCUGAGUCUCUACGGAGGGGUGCAGCUGGAGACAGACUACAGGUGUCACUGAGGGAGAGGGGUGCAGCUGCAGCACAGCACCCUGGGUGGUGUUCAGUAGGGCACAACGUAGCGAAACGCGCUGAAACGGAAAUAAAAUAUAAAUUAUGUCCCGUCAAUAUAUCAAAUCUAUCCUUUACUGCUACUGACUAUUGAGUAUGAAGGAUAACUCAUCUAUUUGAGACAUGAGUGACAGGUUCAGUAUAACAAUGUUUAUUGUAUAAGGGAAGGGAAUCGCAGAAGAUCUCUGGAUGUCCGUGUGGGCUCAGAGCA